GGCGAGCUCCGCUCCUGGUGGGAGGUCCCCGCCAUCGCCCACUUCUGCUCCCUCUUCCGCACCGCCUUCAGGCUGCCGGACUUCGAGAUCGAGGAAUUGGAAGCCGCUCUGCACAGGGAUGAUGUAGAGUUUAUCAGCGACCUGAUCGCCUGUCUGCUGCAAGGCUGCUAUCAGCGCAGAGACAUCACGUCCGAGACGUUCCACAGUUACCUGGAGGACAUCAUCAACUACCGUUGGGAGCUGGAGGAGGGGAAGCCCAACCCGCUGCGGGAGGCCAACUUCCAAGACCUGCCCCUCCGCACCCGCGUCCAGAUCCUCCACCGCCUCUGCGACUACCGGCUCGACGCCGACGAUGUCUUCGACCUGCUCAAGGGUCUGGACGCGGACAGCCUGCGGGUGGAACCUCUGGGCGAGGAUAGCACCGGGGCCCUGUACUGGUAUUUCUACGGGACCCGCAUGUACAAAGAGUCUCCUGCCCCAGGCAAGCCCAACGGAGAGCUGCCCACCAGCAGGGAGGGCGGCAAUCAGCAGAACGCCGCCGCAGCGCCCGGGAAAACUGGCAGGAGGAGGGGGCGGCCCCCCAAACGGAAGAAAAUCCUGGAGGAGAUGGCGGUGAGUGAGAAGCAGGAGGAAAACCCCCUGGAGUCGGAGCCCCAGGCGAGGAACGGCCCCGGCCGUGGCACAUGGUGGCUCCUGUGCCAGACGGAAGAGGAAUGGCGUCAGGUGACAGAGAGCUUCCGAGAGCGGACCUCGCUGAGGGAGCGGCAGCUCUACCGGCUGCUGAGUGAAGACUUCCUGCCCGAGAUCUGCAACAUGAUCGCCCAGAAGGAGACCCCCGUGCUCAGCAGGAUGGAGAAGCAGCGGCGCCGGGAGGAGGAGGCGGGAGACGGGGAGGAUGUGGAGGAGGAGGAGCGGCAGCUGCUUCUGGCCGUUCAAAAGAAGGAGCAGGAGCAGAUGUUGAAGGAGGAGAGGAGGCGGGAAAUGGAGGAGAAGGUCAAAGCCGUGGAAGAGCGGGCCAAGAGGAGGAAGCUACGGGAGCAACGGGCCUGGCUGCUGGCCCAGGGCAAGGAGCUGACCCCCGAGCUGUCCCGCCUGGACCCCGGCUCCCCGGCCCGCGACGACAGGAAGACCAAGGACUUCUUCGAAUUGGACGACGAGUUCACGGCCAUGUACAAAGUUCUAGACGUGGUGAAGGCGCACAAGGACUCCUGGCCCUUCCUGGAACCCGUGGACGAAUCCUACGCGCCCAAUUACUACCAGAUCAUCAAGUUCCCCAUGGACAUCUCGAGCAUGGAGGCGAAACUGAACCGAGGCCAGUACUGCUCCAAGGAGGACUUUGUCACAGACAUGAAGACCAUGUUCCGGAACUGCCUCAGAUACAACGGGGAGAACAGCGAGUACACCAAGAUGGCAGACAACCUGGAGCGCUGCUUCCAGCGGGCCAUGCUGAAGCACUUCCCCGGCGAGGACGGGGACACGGACGAGGAGUUCUGGACGCGGGAGAAGCGGCGGAGCCGAGCGGGGCGGGGGGCCGGCAGCGUCUGGACGCGGUCCCGAGACCCGGAGGGGCCGGCCCGCAGACCGCAGCCCCUGGAGAACGGGGGCAAACCUCUGCCCCAGCGCGGGGGCCCACCCCCCGGGAGCGAGCAGGGUCUCGGCGAACGGGAUCCGGCCCGCUUCUCCCGUCCGCCGCACUACGGCGGCAUGCCCGCUCACAGCCCACUCCUGGGACAGAUGAGACCGGCUGUCCCGGGCCCCUUUGGCCCCCUCCGGGGCUCAGACCCGGCUGUCUUGUAUGGAUCCCCCCAGGUGCCCGAGCCACACCCCGGGGGCCCCGUCCAUCAGCACCAGCACUUUGCCAUGCAGCCGCCGGUCGGAUUGAGCGAGCCCAGGGGGCCGAGGCUGGCCGCCCCAGAGGAGACUCAGGCGUGCGUGGGGCUGACCCACCUUUCGGCGGCGGGGCACCGAGCCGGCCCCCUGGCUCUCGGCCACGGGGGCGGGCCCGGCCCAGACGGCGGGCUGUACUCUUCGAUCCCGUUCCAGGCGGGAUUCGUCCCGCCCCGGCACGGCGGGCCCCCCGGGCGGCCCCCGGAGUUCCCGGACGGCCCCGAGGUGCCCCCCGGGCACGCCUACCGGCCCUACAAGUACCUGAACCGCGUGCCCUCGGUGGGAUGGACCGGCAGCCACGGGGCGCCCGGGCAGGGGCCCCUGGGGCCGGACGAGAAGCCCCGCGCCCUGGUUCACGGGGUGGACCCCCGGGGCACCCUGAGGCCCCUGCUGACCCCGCCCCAGUGGCCGGGGCAGGCGAGCCCCGGCCCGCCCGGUGUGCCCGCCCCCUCGGGCUUCAUGCGCCCGGUCUGCAGGGCCCCGGGGCCCAGGAUGCAGCCUCCGGCCCCGCCCCCCCCCGGGGGGCUGCUGUUCGGGGGGCCGGGCCCGGCCGCGCGGGGCCCCCUGGGCGGAGAGUCCAUGAUGGACAGCCCGGAGAUGAUCGCCAUGCAGCAGCUGUCCUCCCGCGUGUGCCCCCCCGGAGCGCCCUACCACCCGCGCCAGCCGCCCCCGCCCCACCUGCCGGGCCCCUGCCCUCAGCUGGCGCACUCGGCCUCGGCCGGGGGGCCGAUCCCCAACCCCGAGCCCGGGGCCGGCGGCCAGCACGCCGGAAAUCACAAGGAGCCCGAGAGCGGCCAGGCGGAGCCACCGUCCUGCCCGGAGAUGAAGACCGCGACGGUGAAGCUACCUCAUCCAGCCUCCACCUCCUCCUCCUCCUCCCAGCAGGCGGAGCGGCCCCGCCUCGGCUCCCCGCCCGGCCGGGAGCUGGAGGGCCCGGGGCUCCGGGGCGACCCCGCCGAGCCCCCCCGCGGGCCCUGGCCGGCCGACCCCGCCUACGUCGGGCCGGUGGCCCUGGAGAGCGGCGGCGGCCCGCCCCCCCACGGGCCGGAAGCCAAGGGCCCGGCGGGGGUCGCGGCCGAGAAGCCCCCGUGCCCACGGGGAGUGGGGGGCCCCGGGGGCCAGUUCUCCUCGCUGUUCGUGCCGGGCCUGGAGUACCCCAACGCCGUCGCCCGCUUCCACCUGGCCCCGGGCCUGCAGGGCUUCGGGCCCAUGGUGGGGGGCGGCGGGAAGCCCCCCCCGGCCCCGCCCCCGCAGCCGUUCCCCCCUCAGGGCUUCCCCCCGAACGGCCCCCACCCCGGCGGGGCUACGCCGACUGGCAGCGGCCCCCGCUCCGCGGCCCCCCGGCCCGGGCCCCCCCCGUUCCCCGAGCGGGGCCCCCCCCCGGCCGGCCUGCAGGGCUGCGAGGGCCUGCGCCCGGCCCUGGCCUCCCCCGCCCGCCCGGAGCCCGCCCCGGGGCCGGCCGAGGGGCCGGACGGGGCGGCCGAGCGGCCCGAGAGCCCCAAGGAGUUCCUGGACUUGGACAACCACAACGCGGCCACCAAACGGCAGGAGUUCCUGUACGGGGCCCCGCCCCAGCUGGGCCCCGGCUUCGGCCCGCCCCCCUUCGUCUCGCCCAACGUGAUGCUGCAGACCCCCUACGCCCCGCAGCGACCGGCCGGGCCCUUCCAGGCCACGGGCUACGCGGGGCCGGGGGCCGCCCACCCGCCCGUCUGCCCGCCCGCCGGCCAGCCCAACGGGCUCCCGCGGGACGGGCCUCCGUACCCCUGCCGGGACGACGGCGGGGGCCACUUCCAGGCCCUCAUCAUGGAGCAGAGGGGCGGCUUGGGGCCCAGCCUUCAGGACAUGUACCGACCCGCCGGCCUGCAAAUGCCCCUGGCGCCGGGCCCCUUCCCCAAGUCAUCCACGCCAACGGGCCAGGACGAGCUACAGCCGCCCAAGCCUUCCGCCCUGCCCCUGGACCAGAGCUAGUCCGAGGAUGACCGCCGCCCCCAGACACGACGUCACGCCCGGAGACCCCUGUUCUCGUCUCUUCUCGGCCCCCGCCCCGCGGGGACACCCUCCGCAACCCUGGCACUGUUCUCGGGGGUCUCCCCAGGCCUUUACUCAGGGGGGCUGUCUUGGGUCAGGGGCCGGGCCGGACCCCGACGACAGCGGAGAGCCACUCUCGUGACUGGAGACGGACCGCGACUCGGGGAACUCCCCGCAGAGGGGACCGGGGCGGGCUGAGUGGGGUUGGGGGCGGGAGGGGAGGUCUUCACGAGCAGCUAAACUCAGGUAUAUUUUGGGGGUGGGGCAGUGGGGUGACCUUCUGGUAGGGCAUUACUGUUUUGGGAGCUGGGGCCAGUUUACAGAAUUUACCUGUUGCCUUUGAAGAUAUGUUUUUGUUGGUGGUGAAUGUAUAUUGUAUAUAAGGGGCAGGGGCCUGGGCUGGGGGAGUCUGCCCUCCCCCCCUUCUCCCCAACCCCCCCCACUCCCUCCCAGCACCGGACCGGUCCCGGCUGUUUACAAUCACGACCCGCGGAGCCCGGCGGGUGAGGAAAUGGUUUCGAGUUCCUCACGGCCCCUUGUCCCCGCUGGGCCUUCGGUCAUUUUGGUGUGGGACGGACCCUGGCCCCGAGCCCCGGGGGCGGGGGUCAGUCUCCCCUCAUCCUCCCUCUCUGCUUAUCUCUUUCUCUUCAUCUCACACGCCCCCCUUCCUCUUUGUCUCUCUCUCCAUCUAUGCCUUCCACGCUCUCUUGGUCUCUGCUUUCCUCUCUCUCU